AUGCCAAGCAAUUUUGCGGACCCGGAAAUGAACACCGAAUAUUAUCUCCUCAAAAGCCCAUCAACUUCGGCUGCAUCAAGUGGAAAAUCGUUUGUCGCUGAAGUUCGACAGCAUUUUUUAAAUUGCAAAACUUUGGGGAAUUCUGAGGAUGGGUAAGUGAAAAGUUUGCCACGUCAUAACUUGAUUUUAAGCUGAAAGUAGUGUUAUUUUGCAGUUUGACACUUGAAGACAAGGGCGAUUCAUCAGAACUUGUGGAAUAUCGCGAUAAAAGUUGGUGUAUUUGUGUGCGAGUGGAUUUAUACAAAAAAGACAACGAUUACGAGAUGGUUGUGUACAGUUAUCAAAACGGAGUUGAAAAAUUCAUCGUGCGGCAAUCUCAAAUCACCCAAGACCUCAAAUCAGCCGAUAUGAUAAAAUAUCGUAAAUCCAAUGGUGAAUACGAAGUUCAACCCAUCUUCUACUCGCUGAACAAUAGUGUUUGGAUUUCGGUGAAGGUUCGAAUCAACAAAGGAAUUCACAUCAAUUGCUAUGCAAUAAGUGGAUUUUAUGAUAAUCGUGUGCUUCAAGGAGCCAAUGAAUAUUAUGUUGUUUGGUCGGAUGCGGUUGGAGCUGUUAGUUUGAGUUUUGAUGAUAUUCGACAAAUUCCGAAUGCUUCUCGAGUUACGUUCAAUCCAUUGUCGCUGAUUCAUAUCACCCUGAAAGCCGAUUUCAAAUUGUAAGUUUUGAAAAAUACAACAUUAUCUGAAAAUAAGCCUGAACCUUGAAAUUUCAGCCAAACCUUAGAAAAAGUGAAUUUGGCUGAAAUUGUCGGGUUCUCGCGCAGGGAAACCUAUCGUCAAUUUUCCAAUUGAAAAUUGUAAAUACAUAAAAAUGCCUGAACCUUGAAAUUUCAGCCAAACCUUAGAAAAAGUGCAUUUGGCUGAAAUUUUCGGGUUCUCGCGCAGGGAAACCUAUCGUCCAUUUUUGAAUUCAAAAUCGUAACUAUAAUUCGGCCUGAACCUUGAAAUUUCAGCCAAACCUUAGAAAAAGUGCAUUUGGUUGAAAUUUUCGGGUUCUCGCGCAGGGGAACCUAUCGCCAAUUUUUGAAUUCAAAAUUGUAACUUUAUAAUUCUGCCUGAACCUUGAAAUUUCAGCCAAACCUUAGAAAAAGUGCAUUUGGUUGAAAUUUUCGGGUUCUCGCGCAGGGGAACCUAUCGCCAAUUUUUGAAUUCAAAAUUGUAACUUUAUAAUUCUGCCUGAACCUUGAAAUUUCAGCCAAACCUUAGAAAAAGUGCAUUUGGUUGAAAUUUUCGGGUUCUCGCGCAGGGAAACCUAUCGUCAAUUUUCAAUUCAAAAUUGUAAUUUUAUAAUGCUGCCUGAACCUUGAAUCUAUGGACAAAAUUUCAUCAUUUUUUUAAGUGUAGAGUAAAAAACCUCAUUUUUCCAGCGAACACGGUCUUCGUCCAAAAUGGUCAAUCACAAGUGUUCAACAAACUCAAGAAUGUGACGAUAAUGCGGGAACUCUGAAAAUCGGUUCGAAUUUAUGGCCAGCCAGAUUGUUGCGAUUCGAUGAUCUGCUCUUCAAGAAAACCGAAACCUUCUGCAAAGUUUUCCAAUCAUAUUCAAAUGAAAAUGUGGUCGUAAAAGCGUGUCGCAAUCUAUUUGCGCUCAUCGAAUCCGCCGGGCCGAAAUACGCACAACGCGGAAUAAUGACAGCCGUCGUUUAUCCAUCGUUCCAAUUCGGCCAAUUUUCACACUAUGAAGCGUUGAUUUUGGGACCACUGAAAGUUGUUUUGAUGUUGACUGAAGAACGAUUGUUGAAUUUUAUACCAAAAACAUUUCCACCGAAUUUGGACAAAAAAAUGAGACAUCAAACUGUGAAAGAUGAGAAGAAGUAUGGAAAAAGUUUGCGAGAUAAACAUUCUUGGGAUUAUCCAUACAAUUGUCGAAGUUUGGGUGGAUCAUUCGAAAUUUAA